UACAAAGAACCAAGACCAGCCUCCAUGUUAGUCUUCAUUGAUCUUUGUGUAAGUUGAAUAUAACUAGGCCUUAUUAGACUACCAACCACUGCAUGAAAAUAACUUAUAUUACAUUAUAGAUAAGAGCUUCUCCAACUCUUAUUUCUUUUUCUUCCAAAGGCUUAAUCAGUUAGCAAUCAUCGAAGUUCAUUCAACAUGGAACCUCAUAUCUCCUACAAAGAAAAGGUGGAGACCCUCCAAGAAGACUUGGAACGUUUGCGAAAAGAGAAUGAAACUCUAAGAUUCAUGCUUAGCGCCAUGAACAACAAAUGCAACAUCCUUCAAGCCCGUCUCCAAGAAAUGAAGGUAGAACAAAUGGGAAUCAAUUUAACUCAAAGUGGCUCAAUCUAUGAUACAAAGAAGAGAGCACGGACUGAGGUUCCUAUACAGACUAAUACAAGACAAAUCUUUGUGAGAACCGACUCCAAGGACUCUAGCCUAAUAGUGAAAGAUGGCUACCAAUGGAGGAAGUAUGGGCAGAAGGUUACAAAAGAUAACCAAUCACCUAGAGCUUAUUUUAGAUGUUCCAUGGCUCCUACAUGCCGAGUCAAAAAGAAGGUACAAAGAUGUAUGGAAGAUAAGUCUAUUCUUGUAGCAACUUAUGAUGGGGAGCACAACCAUGAAGCUCAUGGUUCUCUUGGGGACUCUUCAUCUUCAUCAGAUAUAGUGAACACAGGUUCAAUAGCUAAUGUUAUCUCUCCUCUAUGCAUGGCUUAUAAUAACCCAUUUCAAUCAGCUAUCGCCCUUGAUCUUAGUCUUUCCGUGCCAAAUCAAGAAAAUCGAAUACCCUUCCAAAAUUUUGUGGAAGACUACCAUAGCAACUACAACAAAAUUGAAGAAUAUGUUGCAUCUUUAACUAAAGACCCUAAUUUUACGGCUGCUUUAGCUGCAGCUGUUGCAAGCUCCAUCGCCGACCAACCUAAAAUAUCCAAGAUUUGAGAAUCUGAACAUGAUCAUUGUCACUGUAAAGAGACAAGAGUAUCUAGAUUCUAAAUUUAAGGUUAAUGGUUUUCUUAUAGGUGUCUGACUGUUAAGAAUAAGGUUCAAGUGUAUUGGUUUCUUUAAUUCUAUCUUCCCUUCCAUGAAAAUGAGACGAUUGAGUUUUAUUCAUCCUUAUUAAGAUGCUAUCAAAGUCAAAAUGAUAUAAUCAAGAGUCGAUCGAUUUGGUGGUAUUGCCCAUAUUCAAUCAGGUGUAGGAGAAUUUGGGUUCAAGUCCCCCUCUCCUCCAGUUUGUGAAAGGAAAAAGUGAAAAUAGCAUAAUCAGAUGUGUCAUGCAUGCGUUUUGUAGCACAAAAAUGGAGGAAUAAAUUUCUUUAGCCUGCCUGAAGUGGUUGCUGCUGCUACUGUGAUGGAAAACGGAAGUAGGAAAUUGAAGAAUUGUUGGAUUAUGGUAGUCUAUAUAUAGUAGUGCCUCUGUUAUUGAUACCUAAAUUAUGUACUUGCUCACUCUUAAGCCUUUUUGGUUGUAACUUGGAGGGAUCCAUCUUCAUCAACCUCAUACCCAAGUCUCUAAUCUGUAGUGAAGGGGCUGAAGGGGAAGGAUCCUCCUAUCUUUUGUACGUGGCAAUAAUACCUUGGGCAAUUGAUGUAGAUUGGUUGAAGGAGAAGAAAAUAUUUUAAUA